ACUGCUAUUGUUUCUCACACUAAAAUACCCAACUUCUCAAAAUAUUGGCUCAUCUUAAGUAGCUCCCUUCACACUGACAUUUUUUGCUAUGAAAAAUUCAUCUAAGCCAAAUAUGCGCUGAUUGCCUAACUCACGGUUCAAGCAGCUAAGCGAAAGAUAUUAUAAGACAAUGAAUUUGGGGCCGCCAGACAGCGCAGCUGCGACACCACAGGCAGCCCAGGGAUACUGUGGCACAGCCUAAGCCACGUCCAGACAAAGACGCGUCAAACGCUGCGUAUGAGUAAUGUGUGGAAAAUGUUGCGCCAGGCAUUCCACGUUCUAAAUCGCAGACGGGUUCAAAGCCAACAAGAAUUUGUGCCUUCAGACAGAGGCACAACACGUGCUGAGCCAACAGCUGUUUUUGCUGUCUGUGUGUGCGAGUGUGUGUGAGAGUUUGUGGCCAAAAACCAAAACAAAAUUUUACGCUCACCGAUGCGAGAGGCAGGCGCAUGCGCAGCAGCCAGCAGAGGCGCUCUUAAAUGCUCUUAAAACGACGAGUCGUAGGGGUUGUGCGAGGGGGGCAGGCUGAAGCGAGAAUGGGGGAUUGUAGUCUGAGGCUAUGCUUGGGCAUGGAAUUAUGGCACCCAGGGGCAUAGCAUAAUCAAAAUUCCUUGCAACUGGGGACGUGGCAUGCAGCUAGCGGCUGUGUGGAACGUGCCGCAGUUGAAAGCUGCUGCAGCAGCAGCAGCUGCAACAACAGCAACAACUAACUAACUGCUGCUGCUUCUUUCUCUGCUUCUAGAAGAUGCCGAGGACGAGCUGGAGGAUGACUUGCUUAGCCUUAGCGGCGAUGAGGACUACGAUGAUGAUGAGGAAUUGCAGAGCCUGGACAGUUUCUAUUCGGAUAUGUACAGCACGCACACUUCAUCGAGCUACUCGCCCAGCAUCUCGGAUGGCACUUUGACGCCCAACUCCCAGCAGCAGCAGCAGCAGCAGCAGCAGUCGUCGCAGCAGCCACAGCCACAGGCAGGCGAGGAGCCCGGCGAGGAGGCCAAGGCGAACGGCGAUGCUGCACAGCAAACGGAACUGGAGCAGGAGUUGAGCAAGCCGAAGCGACCGGCACACUUGCAUCAUCAUCAUCAUCAUCAUUAUCAUCAUCAGCAGGCGCUGAAACUGGCGAACAAGCUGCGCAAAAUCAAUAAGGAUGCAAAACUGGCUGCAGGACAAGGACAAGGACAUGGCACAGCCGCCAAGUUUGAUAAGUUGACAGGGGAGGGGAUUAAAAGUCGCGGCGACGGCUCCUAUCAGUGUCAGUUCUGUGAUAAAUCAUUUCCGCGACUCGGCUACUUGAAGCAUCACGUGCAGAGCCAUGCCGAACACUUGCCUUUCAAGUGCGAAUACUGCGCGAAGCUCUUCAAGCACAAGCGCUCGCGAGAUCGCCACAAGAAGCUGCAUACAAAUGAGAGGAACUACAAGUGUCCGCAUUGCGAGGCUGCUUUCUCCAGAAGCGAUCAUUUGAAGAUUCACAUGAAGACACACGACAUCCAGAAGCCCUUCCAGUGCAGCAUGUGCAAUCGUGGCUACAACACGGCCGCCGCCCUGACCUCCCACAUGCAGAAGCACAAGAAGAACGCCGCGAUACUGGCAGCUGGCGGCAAUCCCAAUGCGCUCAACUAUAGUCCGCGGUCCACGGGCUCUGCCUCGAUAUCGAGCAAUGGCAGCUUGCACAAGCGUCGCUAUGCCUUGGCGCUGGCCUCCGACAGCAGUCCCAGCCGGCUGGAGUUUCCGAAGCGGGCGCGUGGACAGCUAACGAGCACGCCCACGGCCACAACGAUAGCCACGCCCACGCCGCUGCUGCGCUGCAGCUACUGUCCCAAGGCAACGGAGUUCAGCAGUCUCGAGCAGCUAAAUGCGCAUCUGCAGAGCACACACGAGCAGCAGCAGCAGCAGCAGCAGCAGCAGCAGCAGCAAAAGGAUGCGGAUGGCCAGACGAAUGGCUUUCAAUUGAGCUGCGAAUAUUGCACGAUGAAGUUUGUGAACAUCGCGGCGCUGUUCCAGCACAUGAGAGUGACGCACUUGGAUCGGCUCAGCAGUCCCAAUGCCUAUUACGAGCAGUUCAAUCGCCUCGGCUCGCCGCAGUCGAAGGUCAAGUCGGAUUUGGCGGCGUCGGAGAAGCCCGAACAGGAGCUGCCCACCGACUUGAGCAGCAAUAAGCGACGUCCUCUGACAUCGCCCACACAGCAGCCGCCGCCGCCGCCGGGCAUCUUCUUUUGCAAUCAGUGCAACGCUGGGCUGCCGGACUUCGAGAGCUUCCGGAACCAUCUGAAGAGUCACAUAGCCGAGGGCAUGCAGCUGAUCUGUCCGCAUUGCGGGCUGAGUCUGCCCGAGCAGUGCGAAUACGAGCGCCACGUGGUUGCCCACUUUUUGAUCAGCAGCUCGGAGUUCAAUUGCUGCAGCGCCAGCUGCGGCAAGUCCUACGCCAAGGCCGAGGAGCUGCAUCAGCAUCUGCUGGCCGAGCACGUGCAGACCAUGCUCAAGUGUGUGCUCUGCUCAGAGCUGUGCGAGAACCGCAUGUCGAUGCAGCUGCAUCUGGCCUGUGCGCACAGUCAGGAGUCGAAGCUGCUGCGGUGCAGCGCCUGCCUGGAGCUCUUCCGCAACGAUGCCGACUUCCAUGUGCAUGUCAAGACGCGCCACCAGCUGGGCAAUCAGGGCCUGGGCAAUCCGCCAGCGCCGGCCAAUCCCUUGCAGUGCAUGUUCUGUCGCGCCGUCUGCUCAUCGGAGCUGGAGAUGCACUUCCACUUGGCGGCGCAUGCGCGACAAUUCCGCUGCCCCAGCUGCCCGGAAACGUUUCACGUGGAAUUCCUGCUGGACCGGCACAUGCAGAGCCAGCACGGUGGCAUCAAGGACAAGGAGUCGCCUGUGGCUGGCAACAUGGGCAGCUUGUAUGUGAAUGCAUUGCUGCCGCCUCUGGCUGCGGCCGCUGCAGCUGCUGCCGCAGCAAACAAUGCCAACAACAACAACAACAACAACAACAAUAGCAACCUGCACAUAGACUACAACGUCGCCUUCAAGGGCUUGUUCGGCGGCAACAACCCGCCGAGCAAGUUCUACAACAGCCCGCUGCAAGUGGACACCAAGCAAGCGCCGCACCCAGCCCUGAUGUACGGCCUGAGCCAGCGCUAUUUGAUGGAAAUGUACGCGGCGAAGGCCAAUUCGCCGGCCAAUGCCAGUGCCGCCGAGCUGCCCACGCCUCAGGCUGUGCAAGCGGCGACGGCGGCGAGUGCCAGCAGCAGCAGCAACAACAGCUACAGCUGCGGCAUGUGCGAACGCCAGGACUUGCGCAGCGAGGCCGAGCUGCAUUCGCAUCGCAAACUCGCCCACAACCUGAAGACGGGCGUCAGUCUGCGCUGCGCCUACUGCUCGGGCAACUAUAAGAGUCGCGCCGAGCUGGAGCAGCACAUGAAGAGCUGCCACAACUCGAGCGGCAAGCACAAGUGUCUCAUCUGCGACGAGAUCUUUCCCUCGCCGGCCAUACUCGCCGAGCACAAGCUGCAGCACUCCAAGGUGGGGCAGUCCGGCAAGUGCGCCCACUGCGGCCAGCAGCUGGAGCAUGUGGCCGCCUUCCGCGCUCACCUGGGCGAGCAUGGCAACGAUGGCAAUCUGCCCAUGGCCUGCAUCUGCUGUCGCCAGACACUGCACUCCGAAUUCGAGCUGAGCUUGCAUGCCAAAUUCCAUACCAAAUCGCCCAGCUGCAACAGCCUGCAGGAGCCCGUCUGCGCCCUGUGCCUGGAGCCGCUGCCCGGCGCUGGAGAAACGGCCAAGUUGUGCGAGAAAUGUUGUCGCAAGCACAAUCUGAAUGGCAAGCGCAAGGAGCAAGUGCAGCCAACAGCAUUAGCUGCCCCAGCUGCCGCUGCAGCUGCCGCCAGUGGCUAUCUGGAGCAUCGCUGUAAUCUCUGCAAAAUGAUCUUGCCACACGCCCAGAAGCUGCAGGAACAUCUCGUCGAGCACACGUUUGCCGGCACCGAGCAGCGUGGCUACAAUUGCUACAUCUGCUCGGCCGUCUUCACGGCACCCGCUGGCCUGCUCGCCCACAUAGCGGAGCACGGCACGCGUCCGUACGACUGCAAUUUGUGCCCGGAGAAAUUCUACUUUCGCGCCGAGCUGGAGCAUCAUCAGCGAGCGCACGAGCUGCGCACGCAGUCGGCAGCAAUUGCAGCCGCUGCGCGCCCCAAGCAGGAGACGCAUAGCUCGACGGCCAGCUCACCUCUGACGCUCAGUCCCAGCCACGUCAAGCAGGAGCUCUACGAGUCGGAGCCACCGAAUUCGCCAAACGCCGCUGCGCUGCCCGUGCAGCAGGAGGAGGAGGAAUACAUCGAGGUGGAGCAAGUGCCGCAGGAGACGCUGCGAGCUGGCGAACUGCUCAGCACCGAGCGCUCCAGCAGCAGCGCCUAAGUAUUAUUAACUAUACUAAAUAU